CGCAAAUGGGCAUUAUAUUCACCGCUAACGCCGACCUGUAAAAGCCGUCGCACAAGUCUUGACUAUUAACAUAUAUCACAAAAGCAUGAUCAUCAAAACGUUUAUCUCGGUCGUCUUCACAUUGAUCUGGGUCUUCAAACCCACGGUGCUGCUACCACAGCCGGGCCUCGAGAGGAGCCAGGCGGGAGGCAGGACCCGAAUCAGGGCCCAGCGGGACGUCGCCUGCAGACAUGACGAGGAAUACCCCUAUGGCAACAUCUGCUGUCUAAACUGCCCGGCAGGGACACACGUGAUAUCAUCCUGCACGACGGCAGGAGAAAAAGGGGGAUGCGAGAGCUGUGACUCGGGCACGUACACGGAACACAGCAACGGACUGAAACAGUGUUUGAAGUGCACUAAGUGUCGCUCAGAUCAGGAAACUGUAGUGGAAUGUACCAGCACUCAGGACACUAAAUGCCAGUGCAAAUUGGGGUCGUUUUGUCAUCCUGAGCAAGCAUGCGAGGUGUGCAAGAAGUGUUCAAGAUGCAAAGAGGGUGAAGUGGAGGAAGAGAAGUGCACCCCAACAAACAACACAGUGUGCAAGAAAGACUCAAGAGACUUUAGCGACUCUAGCACUCUCAAAGCUGUUUCAGUUUCAGUGGUAGCACUUCUGCUAUUGGUUGUCGUGGGAGUCGUACUGUGGAAGCUAGGACUCUUCAGAGCAACAGGCUGCCAGAGAAAUCCAUGUGACAUGACGAAGGUGGAUGAUAACCAGUCUCUUGAGGAGACGCAGAACAGAGAAAACCAGAGGAUGGACCUCUCGCAGCUUCCUUUGCUCUUGCAGCCCAGCCAGCAAGUGGUGAGCGCGAAAUCCUCAUUACCCCAUGAGGAAGAUGAGGACAAGGGGCUCGGGGACAGCCUUGCAAACACCGCCAGUAACUCCCAGAGCAGUCUCUCUGUUCAGCCCCCCACCCUCUUCCACACCUCCUCCCCCAAACACAGCCCUACCAUCCCCAGGCAGUCCAACACUAGGGAGGAUGAACCAUUUCCAGAGCUGGUUGCCGUAAAUGGUGAACAUUCUUUGCGGAGGACUUUUGAAUAUUUUGAAGAGGUGGAUGUUGACUACCACAAGAGGUUCUUCAGACUCCUCGGGAUCAGCGACAAUGUGAUCAAAAGUAAGGACAAUCUCCUGCACGAAGAUCGAAUCCAUGAACUACUGAACAUUUGGAUGGAAAAAGUGGGUAAAGAAGCUAGCAUUAAUGAAUUGUUGAGAGCAUUACUGAAUUUGAACCAAAGACUGACAGCUGAAAAUGUGAUGGCCAAAGCCGUUGAGAAUGGUUAUUAUUCAUGUAAGAAGGAAUGAAUGAUGAAACCUUGUCAGGUGACAAAAAAACCCAUCAAAAAAAACAUUGUAGCCUUUUCUGAUGGUUUUAAUGGUUCUGUUGGGAAUUGUAAUAGUUUUUGAUGGUAUGCAAGCUCUGUAUUGGUAUUUCUAAUGGAAACCAUCAGAGCAUGUUGUGCUCUACAGGAAAUCAUGAGGAUUUUUCUAAUGGUUUCUGAUGACUUCAGCAGCAGGGAAAGGAGAUGUAUGAAUUAUAGUUAUGGUCUCAGGUACUAGCUGUAACGUCUGAAAUACUGGAGGAAGGAAGACGAUGCUGGUAGCCAGCAAGCAUACAAUUCAACAGGAAGGCAAAUACUGGAUGAAUAUUCGGUGCUAUGUCACUACUACUGAUCAAAAGGCAUACAAGGACAUAAUUGUAUUGUACAUGAGUUAUUCACACUGAAAAUACUCUUGCCUUAUGUGUGCUGAGCAACAGAUGAUAUAGGCCUGCUGCCUUCAUAAAUGCAGUAAAGCUGAUAUGCAUGUGUGAUUAUUUUGUUCUCUGGUAGUUAAUAUUAUAGUUAAUAUUGUUGCAAUAGCCUCAAGUUGAGGUAUGAAUGUAAAAUAUUUAAUGCUGAAUAUUUAUUUUGUUCACAAUCAGCAGUGCCUUCUGUAUAAGAAAAUAGACAAGCGCUCAAAGAAAGGGACAACGAGGUCCCAUUCUCUGCACUGGGGAUAAUUUUUCACUACACUAUGUGCUGACUUUAUUCCUCAUUGUGUGAAGGAUGCAUCGCAUUUCUAUUUAUUUUGGAGUGAAAUGCUUCUGCCCAAUCUUAUGUUUUAAUAUUGAUUGAUGGUAACACUGACUGAGUAACUGAAAAUGUGACAAUGCACAGUAUAAGUAAUGCGACUAAUCGUGUAACACCCCUGUCUACUUGUGGCAUAUUUACCCAAGGACCAAAGGGGGUUACCAAACAAAUAUACACCGAAUGUAAUGAGUCCCGAUGAAAACCAUAAUGAUCACUGGAGGAAGUGAUUUUAGGUACCAAUGGCCUUUAAAAUUCAUUGUGCGACACUUGAGCGCCUACUAGUGGAGAGAUAUAGCAUUAUUCCCUUGAUUUAAGGUUCGUCCUACUCGUUGGUCACACGACAACCAUUUCCCCAUGUUUCAUUAUGUAGUCUACUCGCUACAUGCUCAAACUUGCAUCCGUUUAUCUUCUAUUUACCCCCUCUGUGCAAUGCUGUUGGUCAUUUGUUACGAUUCUGUCUAGUCUCCACAGCAGGAAGAGCGGGGUGGAGAUUAAUGGGAAAAUGUUGCACAAGGGACACUGUCUUAAAAAAAGAAAAACCAAAAUCAAGGUUAAUUCCAGACAGACAGCUUUCUCUUAAUGAUUGCGUCAUUUGACAAAUGUGUUUUCAAGUGAAUCUAUCUCAGUGUUAUAUUGAGCCUUUCAUGUUGUUUACUGUACAUUCCUUUUUGUUGUUCAAUGUUUUUAUGUUGACCCAGUUUCUGCAAAAAUUGCAUCAUUAGUGCACAAUAUAUGUAUUUUAAUUGCCUUUUCCUUGCAGUUGGGUAAAAAAUAAAAAUUUGUAAUAUAUUUAAACAUUGUGUAAUGUUGAGCUUGUGUGCCUGACAAGAUCUUCCUUCUUUUUUUCUUACAACUGAAAACCAAUGUAUUUGUGUUUAUGCAUAUUGUUCAUGUUCUGAUGAACUGCAUUCCCAAAAUGUUACCUUUUUUUUUGUUGUUGUUCACUGUCAAAAAAAAGGUGAAAUAAAAUUCCU